AUUUAUUUAAUCUUUCCAAACCAAUAAAUUGUUAUCUGACGCUGUCUUAUUUCGAUAAUUCUCUACCAUGGUGCAAAACCUUGGCCUGAUUUUUAAGAAGGUCCCAGUAGCUUCACCCAUCGUGGGUGAGCAUAUUGACAUCGAGUCGAGAGACUUCGAUGCCGACACAGAAGCACCCGAAGGUGGAGUGACAGUAAAGAAUAUUUAUCUUUCCUUCGAUCCAUAUCAACGUGGUUGCAUGCGGGAACCAGAUAACGGCACGUACUCGUACCCUUUCGUUCCUGGACAGCCCCUGGUGUGCGGCGCAGUCUCCGAGAUUCUCAAAUCAUCGACUCCAAGCUUCAAGCCAGGCGACCUAGUAUGGGGAAUGUUUGGUGCUGAAGAGUAUUCUGUCGUCCCUCCCAUGCUUAUUCCCAUGGUCAGAAAGUUAGACAAUCCUUUAGCCCUGGAUCCGAUUCUAUUUGCCGGGCCACUUGGAAUAUCUGGGCUUAGUGCCUAUGCUUCAUUCUACGAGAUCGGGAAACCGAAGAAAGGUCAAACAAUCUUUAUAUCUGCUGCUAGUGGGGGCGUAGGGCAGAUUGUAGGCCAGUUGGCCAAGCUUGAAGGUCUAACAGUAGUUGGAAGUGUUGGAAGCGACGAAAAGCUUAACUUUAUACUCAAUGAGCUUAGUUUUGACGCGGGAUUCAACUACAAGAAAGAGAAUGUGUCUGAUGCCUUGAAAAGGCUCGUCCCUAGUGGAAUAGAUAUUUACUAUGACAACGUCGGUGGCGAGACAUUGGACGCUGCGUUGGGAGCAAUGAAGGACUUUGGAAGGAUAGUUGGAUGCGGUCAGAUCUCGCAGUAUAACCUCCCCCAGGAUGAGAAAUAUGGAAUCAAGAACAUGAUGAAUUUGUUCCUCAAGCGGCUCACGCUCCAAGGUUUUAUCAUCUCCGAUCCGGAGUUCAUGGGCAAGUACGCGGUGGAAUUCUUUACGAAGAUGAGCGCUUGGUUGAAGGAAGGGAAAAUUAAAACUAAGGAGAGCGUAACUGUAGGCAUCGAGAACGCAGCAACAUGCUACUUGGGCAUGUUCACAGGGGAGAACUUUGGGAAGACUGUGCUGAAAGUUGCUAAUAUGGAGUAG